UUUGGCCGGCUGCGCGGCGCGGUCAAGCGGCCUCUGUACGGGUGUGACUGCUACGCGUACGCCCUCGUGGCGAGCGGGUUCGGCCCCCACCUCGUCUGCGAGGCGGACCUCGGCGUGUACGACUACGCGGCGCUGGUGCCCGUCCUGCUCGGCGCGGGCGGCGUGAUGACCGGCUGGCGCGGCGAGCCGCUGACCAUGCGCAACCACGGCGAGACGCGCGGGCGCGUCCUCGCGGCGUGCAACGAGGCGCUGCACGCGGCGGCGCUGGCACAGCUCUCCCCGCCAGAGGGCAGCUCGGCCGGCUGCGUCAUCAAGCCGCACCUGCAGCGCCUCACCCCCUACCUCCCUCCGCUCGACGGCCGCUCCGCCAACCAGCACUUGCUGCUCGACUUCAACGAGAGGACCGUCCCUCCGCCGCCGCACGUCACCUCCGCCAUCACGGCCCACGUCGCGUCCGGCACGACGCAGCAGUACCCUCAGUACGGCGACAUCAACGAGAGGAUCGCGGCGUACGCCGGAGUGCCGCCCUCGCAGUGCAUGUUUACAAACGGGUCGGACCAGGGCAUCGACCUGAUCGUGCGCUGCUGCUGCCCCGGCGGUACGGAGGCGAUCGUUCCGGCGCCCACCUUCGCGAUGUACGAGCAAGCCGCCGGGGCGGAGGACCUGGUGAUCAAGCGGCCGUGGUUCACCCGCGAGGCCGGCUUCCCGACGGCCGAGGUGCUCGCCGCGGUCUCGCCCGCCACGAGCCUGAUCGUCCUCUCCAACCCAAACAACCCGACCGGCACCGCCAUCCCGACCGCCGACAUGGUGACCAUCGCCGAGGCGGCGCCGCACGCCGCGGUGCUCGUCGACGAGUGCUACUACGAGUUCAUGCCGCCCGGCAGCUCGAUGGCGGCCGAGGUGGGGCGUCUGCGCAACCUCUUCGUCACGCGCACCUUCUCAAAGACGUGGGGCCUCCCCUCCCUCCGGAUCGGGUACAUCCUCUCCGCCGAAGAGAACAUCAACGCGCUCUGCUGCGUGCGCGGCCCGUACGACAUCAACCAGCUCGCCGUCGUGGCGCUCCGAGCGGCUCUCGACGACCCGCAGUACGUAUCUGACUUUGUCGCGGAGCACAACAACAAGGCGCGCCCUGCGCUCGAGGAUUUCCUCGCCGAGGCGGGCGUCGCCUUCUGGCCAUCGGCGGCCAACUACGUCUUUUGCUACUUCCCCGACCCGACCGCCACCGAGAAGGCGCUGCGUGCGGAGGGCAUCCUCGUCCGCCCGAAGAAGGACGCAAGCGGCACUCUCGGGCUGCGCGUCUCGAUCGGCACUCUCGCUCAGACCGAGCGGCUCAUCGCAACCCUCCGCCGCUUUCUGUGACGCCGCCGAAAUCGAGGGCAGGAGCACCGCGAGAGAGGGCGAGAGAGAUACCGCUCGCGGACGCUGUCGCGCUGUGUCGUAGGAUAUUGUAAUAACACCAGCUGAAUGAA